AUGACUUCCUACACUUCAAACUACCUUCGCUUGCUUUCUUACACUAAGCUCUUGACCUCUCACGUCAACCAAGGCCGACACGAACAAGCCCUCUCUCUCUUCCACCACAUCCACUCUUCUCUUUCUCUUGACCCCUUUGUUUUCCCUCUUGCUCUCAAGUCCUGUGCAGCCCUCAACAGCCCACAACUUGGCACAUCCAUUCACGCGCAUACACACAAGGCAGGUCUAUUGUCAAACUCGUUUGUGGCGUGUGCUCUAGUUGACAUGUAUGGCAAAUGUAUCUCAAUUCUCUCAGCACGCCAAUUGUUUGAUGAAAUUCCUCAAAGAAAUGAUGUGGUUUGGAAUGCAAUGAUUUCGCUAUACACCCAUUCUAAGAAUGUGCCCAAGGCUUUAGAGUUGUUUGAAGUUAUGGAUGUUUUGCCUAAUGAAUCUACUUUUAAUUCAAUUAUAGCAGGUUUCUCAGAGGCAGAGGACGGAGGCUUUAAGGCCAUUGAUUUUUGUAAAGGAAUGCUAGAGUUUGGGUUGAAACCAAAUUUGAUUACGAUUCUUGCUUUAUUACCAGCUUGUGUAGGAAUAGCAUCAUUGAAUUUUAUCAAAGAAAUUCAUGGGUAUUCCAGUAGGAAUGAUAUUGAUCCACACCCGCAGUUGAGGAGUGGACUUGUUGAAGCUUAUGGGCGAUGUGGGUGUCUUGCUAAUGCAAGAAAUGAUGUGGUUUGGAAUGCAAUGAUUUCGCUAUACACCCAUUCUAAGAAUGUGCCCAAGGCUUUAGAGUUGUUUGAAGUUAUGGAUGUUUUGCCUAAUGAAUCUACUUUUAAUUCAAUUAUAGCAGGUUUCUCAGAGGCAGAGGACGGAGGCUUUAAGGCCAUUGAUUUUUGUAAAGGAAUGCUAGAGUUUGGGUUGAAACCAAAUUUGAUUACGAUUCUUGCUUUAUUACCAGCUUGUGUAGGAAUAGCAUCAUUGAAUUUUAUCAAAGAAAUUCAUGGGUAUUCCAUUAGGAAUGAUAUUGAUCCACACCCGCAGUUGAGGAGUGGACUUGUGGAAGCUUAUGGGCGAUGUGGGUGUCUUGGUAAUGCAAGGUAUGUGUUUCAAAGCAUGAGUGAAAGGGAUGUGGUGGCAUGGAGUAGCUUGAUAUCGGCAUAUGCGCUCCACGGGGAGGCAAGAACUGCGCUUGAUAUUUUUACACAAAUGGAGAAGGCUAAUAUAAAGCCUGAUGGGAUCACAUUUAUUGCAGUCUUGAAAGCUUGUAGUCAUGCUGGACUGGCUGAUGAAGCACGGAUGUACUUUGCUCGAAUGCAUAACCAUUAUGAUGUGGAGGCGAGUAGUGAUCACUAUUCGUGCUUAGUGGAUGUUUUGAGUAGAGCAGGGAGAUUAUACGAGGCAUAUGAGGUCAUAAAAGAAAUGCCGGUGAAGGUGACAGCAAAAGCUUGGGGAGCACUUCUUGGGGCUUGUCGAACAUAUGGAGAGGUGGACCUUGCGGAGAUUGCAGGGAGAGCUUUGUUUGAAGUAGAGCCCAAUAAUCCUGCCAAUUAUGUAUUGUUGGCAAGAAUUUAUGCUACUGCAGGGCGACAUGAGGAAGCUCAGAGAAUGAGAAGAGAAAUGGAGGAGAGAGGAGUCAAGGUAGCCCCUGGAAGUAGCUGGGUGAUAUAUCAAGACUGA